AUGUCGUCCGGUUCCGUUCGGAGGGGCAAUGGCCAUAAUUAUUUCGCCAGCUCCGAUGACUCGAAGAUCUGUGUGGUCAUGGUUGGCCUCCCAGCCAGAGGCAAGAGUCUCAUUGCUGGAAAAGCUAUGCGAUAUCUUGCCUGGGUUGGCAUCCCCGCUCGGGUAUUCAACGUCGGCAGCUACCGUCGUGCAGGCACGCCACAGCCCAAUGCGAACUUCUUCGACCCUCAUAAUACCGAAGGCGAGAAAAUGAGACGCGCCGCCGCUGAGGCUGCGGUGUCUGAUAUGCUCCAGUGGUUUCAGUCCGGGAAAGGCGUCGUAGCUAUCUUGGAUGCGACCAAUUCCACGAAAGAGCGACGGCGCUGGAUCCAUGAACGCUGCCAGGAGGCAAACGUCGAAACAUUAUACGUCGAGUCAAUAUGUGAUGAUGAAGACUUGAUUAUGAACAACAUCUUGGAAGUCAAGACAACGUCGCCGGACUACAAGGGGCAGGACCCGGAAGUUGCUGCUCUCGACUUCCGUAACCGUAUUCGCAAUUACGAGAAGGUCUAUGAGACCAUUGACGAUAACGAGAAGCACUUCACCUACGUCAAACUCAUCAAUGUCGGAUCGACCGUCAUCAUUAAUCAGAUUAAGGAUUACCUUUCCAGUCGGCUGGUCUACUACAUCCAGAACCUUCACAUCAAACCUCGCUCGAUCUGGUUAUCUCGACACGGCGAGUCAGAAUAUAAUCUAACGGGAAAAAUUGGCGGCGACUCCAACAUUUCAGAACGAGGAGAGGCAUACGCCCGAGCGCUGCCCGGGUUAUUAAAGAAGUCCGGGGUCCCACCCAACACCAAGAUCGUUAUUUGGACGUCAACUCUGAAACGUACGAUCCAAACAGCUCGUCAUCUCGCCGCGGAGACGGGCUUCGAGAAGCUAGAGUGGAAGGCGCUGGAUGAGCUCGACUCUGGGGUCUGCGAUGGACUCACGUACGAGCAGAUUGCGGAGAAGUACCCGGAAGACUUUGCUGCGCGCGACGAGGACAAGUACAACUACCGCUACCGGGGUGGCGAGUCUUACCGCGAUGUGGUCAUCCGGCUAGAGCCAAUUAUUAUGGAGCUGGAGCGUAGCGAGAACGUCAUCAUUGUCACGCACCAGGCCGUGCUGCGCUGCAUCUAUGCCUACUUCCUUAACACGCCGCAGGAGCAAAGUCCCUGGAUGGAGGUGCCGCUCCAUACGCUAAUCAAGCUUACACCGCGCGCAUACGGCACCGACGAGCAGCGCUUCAAGGCAGACAUCCCCGCUGUUUCGACAUGGCGGGGUGGAAUAUUCUCAACGACGAUGUUAUCCGCAUUUACGGCCCGUCCGCUCGUGGAACUCAAACCGCGCGACCGAUCACGGAUAGAAUCCGUGCUGGCGUAUGGGGAUCGCGUCCUGGCGGGGCUGAAUAAUGGGAGUUUGAGAAUAUAUCGGGUGAAUGAGGAGGAAGAAGAAGAAGAGGAAGGAGGAGAAGAGGGGGCACAGCAGCAGGAUAGGAAUGGGAAGGGGAAGGGGAAGAAAGAUACUACCGAGCGACAACAACAUGGAAACGGCAACGGCAAUGGCAACGGAGAGACGGAGAUAAUCGCAAACGGGACUACGAACGGUAACCGAGAACAACAACAGCAUAGCAAGAAACCCACGGAGCUGCUCCGCGAAGUGGAAAAGUUCUCGCGGUACAAGAUCGAGCAGUUGGCGUUGAUUAAGGAGGCCAAGGUGCUUGUUUCUCUGUCCGGGGGAUAUGUGUCGUUGCAUGAUCUGGGGACGUAUUCGUUGCAGGAGCAAUUGGCGAAGACGAAGGGGGCGACGACGUUUGCGGUGACGUCGAAUAUUGAGAAUGAUUCCGAAACGGGUGUGCCUGCUAUUGUGUCGAGGGUGGCGGUGGCGGUGAAGAGGAAGAUAAUGGUGUGGGUGUGGAGGGAUAUGGAGAUGGAAGCGGGCGGGCCUAUGGAGAUGACGCUUGUGAGUGGGAUUAAGACGUUGACGUGGGUGUCUGGAACGAGGUUGGUGGCUGGGUUGGGGUCUGGGUUUGUCAUGGUUGAUAUUGAGGGGGAUGGUGGUGGGACGGUGACGGAUUUGACUGGUCCGUCUGGGAUAGGGGGUUUAGGGGGUCAGGAGAGUACGGGGAGACUGGCAGGGGUGGGAGUCGCCAGUAUGAGUUAUAUGGGGCUUGGGGGCAGUGCGCCGAAGCCGUUGGCAACGAGGUUGAAGGAGGGCCAAGUGUUGCUGGCGAAGGAUAUCAAUACGCACUUUAUUGAUGUGCAGGGGAAUUCGCUUGGGAGGAGGCAGAUACCCUGGAGUCAUGCGCCGGCGGAUAUAGGGUAUUCGUAUCCGUUUCUGUUGGCGCUGCAUGAUGCUUCGAAGGGAGUGUUGGAGGUGCGGAAUCCGGAGACGUUGUCACUGUUGCAGUCGGUGCCGUUACCGUCUGCCAGUAUUAUGCAUAUCCCGCAGCCGACAAUUAGUCUGGCGCAUGCUGGGAAGGGCUUCUUGGUGGCGAGUGAUCGGACAAUAUGGCGGAUGGAGGCGCUGAGUUAUGAUACGCAGAUUGACUCGCUGGUCGAGAAGGGGUAUCUGGACGAGGCGAUCAGUCUGGCUAGUAUGCUGGAGGAUGCCCUGCUGAGGGAUAAGCAGGGCCGGCUGCGCCAGAUCAAGCUGGAGAAGGCUGAGGGGCUGUUCAAGAUGCGAAAGUAUACUGAUUCGAUGGAUCUAUUCACGGAGAUAUCUGCGCCCCCGGAGACGGUCAUACGACUGUAUCCGAAGAUCAUCGCGGGGGAGCUGUCGUCGAUUGUCGAGGAGCCGGAGGAGUCCGAAGAUGGGACGACAGAUAGCCAGUCGAAGACGCAAGAGAACAAUAGCCCAGCGGACGCGCCGGCUGUGGAUGAGCCGCCAGCGCCGAAGACACUCUCGCAUGCUCCGUCUGUGAUGUCUCUUCUGCGGACGCGGACAGAUGAUGCCAGCGAUGCGGGCAGCAUCCGGGGCAAGGUCGUCGAGGAGGCCAAGAGCGACAAGGCGCUGGAAGGGGCCGAUCUCAAGCUGGCAGUUCGUGACCUGCAGAGGUAUCUGGCGGAUGUGCGGAGGCGGUUCCAGCGCUUCUUGAACCCGGAUGGGACGCUGAAGGUGGUCGAUGCGACGACGGACGGCGCGAACGAUGCGUUGACGGACUCGGUCAUGAAGCUGCUGAGCAUUGAUCCGGAGGGUGAGUAUGAUUUUGGGGAAAAGCUGCGGGAAAAGGCAAGACUCGUGGAUACGACUCUCUUCCGGGCGUACAUGUACGCUAUUCCAGCUCUGGCGGGGUCAUUGUUCCGCAUUGCCAACUUCUGUGACCCGGAUGUAGUGAUGGAGAAGCUGGAGGAGACAGGACGUCACAACGAUUUGAUUGACUUCCUAUACGGGAAGAAGCUGCAUCGGCAGGCGUUGGAGCUACUCCAGAAGUUUGGACAAGCCGACGAGGAAGAAGAGACGGCGCCGCAGCUGCACGGGCCGAAGCGAACAGUCAAUUAUCUGCAGAAUCUGUCUCCAGACCAUAUUGACUUGAUCCUCGAGUUCGCUGAGUGGCCGGUACGGCAAGACCCUGAGCUGGGCAUGGAGAUUUUCCUGGCAGAUACGGAGAACGCGGAGACGCUGCCAAGAGACCGCGUGCUAGAUUUCCUGCAGGGCAUUGAUGUCAACCUGGCUGUCCGAUACCUGGAGCAUAUCAUUGGGGAGUUGAAUGAUAUGACACCAGAUUUGCAUCAGAGACUGCUCGUCCUUUACUUGGAACGACUGAAGAAGCAUCAAGCGAAAGAGUGGGAGUUUUCGAGUCUGGAUGACUAUUCCAGCUCCCAGUAUUCUCCGGCUAAAAUCCUUGAUCGAUUGGACCGGGAUGAUCCCGAGUUCUUCGAGGCGCGAGCGAUUGUCUUCAGCAAAAUGGGACAGCACCGGCAGGCACUGGAAAUCUACGUGUUCAAGUUGGAAGACUACGUCAAGGCUGAAGAAUACUGUAAUCAUCUCCAUAAAAUGGAGGAUACGACUGCUGCGGAUGGAGCGGCUUCGCGCUGUGUAGCUCUACUGCCGUAUGAGGAUGACAAGCCACCGAUCUAUUUGACUCUAUUGUCUCUAUAUCUAUCGCCGCCGCAUGGCUACAAGCCACGGUACGGGCCCGCGCUUGAGGUGCUGGCCAAACAUGGAUCCCGGCUGCCACCUAAUUCGGCUCUGGAUCUGAUCCCGGAAUCGCUCCCGGUCAAAGAGCUCGAGUUUUAUUUCAAGGGCCGUAUGCGGGCCGCCAACACAAUCCUUAACGAGAGCCGGAUCGUGGCCAACCUGCAAAAGGCAGAAGACAUCAAGACGCAGGCGCAAUUGUUGGUAGGAGAGGGGACGGACGGGCGAUCGACGCGCUCGCGACAUGUCACCAUUACCGAAGAACGGGUCUGCGGCAUCUGCCACAAGCGGAUUGGAGGCAGUGUGAUUAAUGUGUUUCCGGACGAGAUAGGUCACCUUCUGAGGGACGGCGUCGGCGGAGGGGAGCGGGGAAGAAAUGCUGUGCUCGAAAGUGCGAGACUGGUCGGGAGCGACAUAAGCAGCCGAUCCUCGUCUCGCUCACCUCUUCCUCCUCAUCCUCCUCCUCAUCCACUUUCACAGCCCCCUCGCCGCUCCUUCGACGACUUCUCCUACGCCCGCCCUGCUUCCUCAGGCAGUGAUGCCUCGUCGAUUACUUCCAAUGUGACCACCAUCUCGCCGCGUCACUCUGCCCUCAAUCCCGGUGCCGUGUCGGUGACCUCCUCUCCUCGUCCUCCACGUACCUCUUCCAUCACCGCCAACACCACCGCUCCUCUUCCUCCUCCCAUCUCGACCGCCACCACAAAUACUACCUCCUCUUCUUCUACGAUUCGAUCUCCCGUCUCCUUCAUGCCUCAUGGUGAGAUCCUGAGCAGGAAACCGUCGGGUCGUGGUGGCCCGCCGGAACUGCAGAGACGCUCUCGUCACCACUCGCAGGGCUUCUUCGAGCCAUCCCUCCCCACCGCAUCCUCCUCCGAGGCUACCAUCUCCGCUUCCAGAAUCGCAGCCCAGGCGGCCAUGCUCCAGCAACAGCAGACCGCUCCCCAGAAUCCUCCUAAGCGUCCUCCGCCAGUGCGGGGGGGGAGCGCUUCCCCUCCGCCCCCGCCGCCUCCAGCGCCGUUGUUUGCGCCCCCAACAAGCGCGGGAAGUGCGUCCGGGGCAUCAUAUCAGAGUGGGUCUGCAAAUGGGAAUACACAUGCCGCAACGACGGCGGCAAAUGUGGUGUUUCCCCGGAAUCCCGCGCUGCAGCCGCCCGGCCUGGAGCCGCCCGCAGAGCGGGAGCACAAGCACAAGGGCGAGAAAUCGAAGAUGAAGCUAUUUUCGAAACCGAAACAUAUUGGGAUAAGCCGGGACAAGGACGGGAUCAGCAAGGACCGGGGCCUGCCGUCGCCGAGUAAGAUGGGUUUUCCGAGCGGGGGAUUAUCGCGGAUCGUGAGUGCGUCGACGACGAGCUUGGCUGAUACGUUUCCCUCGAACAAUUCGUCACUCUACAACUUGUCGAAUGCGUCGGUAAGUACUGUGGUUCCGGCCGAUAAGCCGACGGGGAGUGAGAAGGAGAAAGAGAAGGAUAAGGAUAAGCACAAGCAUCACUUCUUGUCGCGGCAGAAGUUGAAGCUGAAAGACCGAGAUGAUCAUUACAACUUGCCGCUAUCGUCGGCGUCGAGUAACUCGAAACCUUCGGAUCCGAACGCCCCUCAGUCGCUGUAUUCUUUUACGCCGGCUUCGCCAGGUGCGGUCACGACUACGUUUGGGAAAAGCGUGAGCGGCUUAGACCUGCUCCACGGGUUACGAGAUAAGAAGAAGGAAGAGAAGGCAUUAGAGUCGGAACAGCUGGACUGGGUGGCCAACUCGUCGGGACCUGCGCCGGGGACAUUUGCGGGGCCGUCGUCGCUGGGCAGCUCCACGGGAGUUCUCGCAGAGGCAGCUCUUCGGGAGACACUCCAGGGUUUUGGACUGAAUAACAUGACGCCGGAAGAUGCGUGGGACUUUCUCAAGGCCAAGCUCAUGGUCAUCUUUGACGGAGAGGAUGUUCGCAUCGCCAUCGAGGAUCUCAACAAGCUGGUCCUCAUUCAUAUCCAGCGUUGCGUCCAGAAACGCAUGCCCACCGCAGUGGUAGACGACUUGCGCGAGCUAUUAGAGACAGGGUGUGCAUCUUUGAACCAUACGCUGAACGGCAUCCCCGAUGAGAAGCUGGUCCCUCAUCUGGUGCAAGUAUGGAUGCUCGUGUUCGGCACGAUCCUGCCCUUCAUCCAAGCUGUCUUUCUGCCCCUAGACCUUGAGUUCAAGGGAUGCGGGUCCGUGAUGAACCGCCGAGAAGCCAGUGAGUUCUGGUCAUCCACGUUCAACGGAGAAUACGCCGGCUGCGAUCUGGACGUGCGCAACCUCGUUUUGAUUGCCUUCCGCGACAUGGUCAUCCUCUACCGGUAUGACGUGCUAAAGGCAACCUUCUCCCGCCUGAGCUUAGACAGCAUCAAACUCGGCACGGCAGCGCUGAGCGUCACGACCAAGAGCAGCAGCAACAGCGCACGGCCGACGACAUCGGCCUCGCUGGACGGCGGGUUCGGCAGCUACAGCUCGCAGUCGUCGACUCUCCUCAACACCGCGAACAGCUACUCAUCUGACUCACUAGACUGCAACCGCAGCCGGGCGGCGUCCAACACGUCCAACCCGGACCAGCUGAUCUUCCAGUCAUUCUCGUCACCGACGCAACGGCCCAGUAUCAUCCACCGGUCCUCGCACACAGACACGUCACACAUCAUCACGGAGACCGUGGGACGGAUGCUGCAGUGCGUCAGCGUGUUGGCCAGCGUGCAAACCGGCGAUCGAGCACAAGAGCAGAUCGAGAUCUUGAGCAAGGAGCUAAAGCAUAAUUGGCUAGGCCGUGGGCGCACGGGACGAGACCGGCGUGGGUUCGUAGGGACGAAGAUUCGGCCAGCGAUAGUAGCCCGCACAGACAGUGAUGAUUAUAUGAGGGAUGGGAUGGAGGAUUACGGGCGUCGGGAAUUAAGUGUAUUGUGA